UUGUGUGGUCGAAAUUGGCAAACAAAGGCUGACCUGCUGAGCUUGCCCGCGCCGCCGUCUUGACCGAUCCCUCCUCGACAUAGAGCAUCCGCUGCGCUGCACCAUGCUGAGCGCACCCAAAAAGAAUGCGGGCCGCAGGCUCUCCUCGCUCUUCUCGUUGGGCUCGACCGACUCGAAAGACAUCAAGGAACCAAAAGAAUCGGGCUCUGCUGCCUCUUCAGACUCAGGUAGCCGUUUGUCAAAAGUAAAGAAGCGCAUCACCUCGCACUCGUUGACACCCGACUACCCUCCUCCUUCCCACAGUCCACGCAACGUUUCCGAUAGCACGCCAGUCACGAUCCAGACCGUCGAAUCCGUAGCUGCCGCUUUCGCACCGCUCGAGCCGCCACCCCCUCUUACCAGUUCCAACCCGAACUCGCGAAGCAGCUCCCCUAGCCGACUGAGCAAGAGCAGGCCUGGCACACCCGGCACACCCACUGCAGGUCUGCUCACGCACGCGACAGACGCAGAGGUCAAGAAGAGCAGACGUCGCAGCAGGUUGUUCGGCUAUGGAGAGAGCAGCGAUGAGCGCGUGGAUGCGAGCCACCGGCACCUCGACGGCCCGUUGGCGUGGGUCGUUGGGCAUAAAGGGAAGGUGGAAUACAGUUUGACCAUGUUGUUGAACGGCGAGAGGGUACCCGAAUUGUGGGAUGAUAACGGCGACACCCUCGUAUACCUCUUUCCGCGCACCUCCGACAAGGGCCCUUCUUUCCGCAUAGAUUCAUCCGUGUAUGCAUCGUCUCAGUACAUGACGAAGUUGCUACAUGGGCAACUUUAUAGCGAAACUGCUGAACUGCCGGACCGCUCUGUACGCAAUUCGUCAGCCACAUACGGGUAUCCUUCGCGCACCGGCUCCCCAGAUGCCAGUGUGAUAGACAGUUCCGAGGGAUCAAAGGGAUCGAGAGCUCUCAGCGAUGCGACUGAGGACGAUCAUUCAGAAAAGCAUUUGUACAUGCCUAUCGCUUUGUCUACCGAUCAAGCUCCCGUCACACCAACGAACUCUGAGCCCAAACUGGCUACUAAAGACAUUGAUAUUCUUGUUUCUUAUCGCAACUUUUUCGCAUUUCUCAUUGGACAGUCUUUGGUGGCUACCAAGCGCCAUUCCGAGAUUUUUGACAUUUUUCUUCGCAUAUCCGACAUUCUUCAGCAUUACAAUUUCUCGAAUGUAGACGGGUCUACAUACGGCGAGGUCGCAGCGUCAAGCUUCAAUGCCUACGUUGACGAAUUGUACAUGGCGGAUGUUCGACAAAGUCGGGUGAAGACCAUUGAAGCUAUUGUCCUUGGAGAGAAGAUGCGGUCUAUGUCGUUGUACACUGAGGGUUUCGUCCACGCUGUGGGCAAGUUUGACAGUAUCAAGGAACUCAACGAUCCCAAAUACGAGAUGAUCAGCCCGAAGACAGGGACACGUCUAGCUCGCGCGGCUUUGGACUUGGAUAACCGGGAAAAGAGCAUCAACAACAAACUCAAGGAGUUCGAGUUUCCUGCCAUGUUUGCCGGCAUCAUGAACUCUGCCAUGGCAGACGAGAAAAAGGCUGUACGGUUUGGUAAGUGGAAAUCGGCGUUCAUGAGUACACGUUCAUUUGCACUGGACUACUACAAAACGAAAUAUGGAGGUUGGUUGCCAAAAGCGCGGUCAAAGAAGAACAAUCUCACUACAAGCGGACUGAAUCGCUUGGUAUUACGAGAAAUCUACCACGAUCUGUCCGACCUCUACGAUCUGCUAGUGGAUCGAACAAACCUUACCAACCGUACGGCCGAUGGGUUCAUGAGCGAGGACGAGCGGACAGACUUCGAAUCGAUCGCAGCCCUUGCCAUGCGCAAGGUCUUGAGCGAGUACGAUCGCAGCACGCCGCCUGUGCAACCGCCGAUACCUUUUGAUAUACCAUUGUAUCCUACGCUGAGGGAAGUCAACAGGGACUAUCCGUCUGGUGAUAGAAAGAAGGACGCGAAGGCGCGUGGCAAGAAACUCAGCAAGGACCAGAUCGCGCGGAUGGUCAAGGCUGCGCACAAUGCAGAUGCCGAAAAGAAUACCGCGUUCUUGGAUGCUUUCCGGCACUUUGAGCAGAAGCAGGCUUCUGGUUGCACCAUGGAAGAGCUUUACGAAUUGAGGGCAGGUCAAUGGCUCUUCCUCUACGCUGUGAUUCAGUCUUUACCCAUGUUAGUAAUCGAUGCACCUGGCGUUCGCUUCACCGACGGUGUGGAGUACUUCCUUUGUGAGGUGCCACGAGCUGGAACACCUUGGGGUCGGGAGGAUACUUCGCGCGCGAGAACCUGGUUCAACGUCGCUGGAGGCUCUCAAGUCGUAAGCCUGCCGACUGAUGUCGUCGAGAACGGAGUCGAAGGCGUCUUCCGCAGGUCUCACUGCUGGCAAAUGGCAUCGAAAUGGGCGCAGAACGACACAAUGUUGAAUGCAGCUAUGCACGAAAUGAACGCGGCCCCUCUGCCACCUCCACCUGGGUUCUUGGACGCCUCAGCAGCAAUACCGCGGCCUCGACCAGAAAGUCAACACAGCGACCGUCGACGCGAGAGCGUGAUGAACCUUGGCUUAGAAGCUCUGCCUCUUCCUCCCAGUUUUGCGCCGGGAGGCGCUGCUCCCUCACCUGGCAGUAACUCGCCCAUGUUGCGACCCGUAUCUAUGCACGACCCGAACAAAACCUUCGACUCGAUUCUUGAAUCAGUUCCCGACAAGAAAGGCAAGAAGGAUAAGAAGAAGAAAUGAUCCGACAUGUUAACACGACCAUUCCGCAAAAUCAGACAUAGCAUUUGAAUUGUAAAUAUUGCACCGGCGUUGCAUUGCAAUUUGCGUUUUGCAUUUUCCUUGAUUUUUGGCAUUGAAUGGAUUGAUGCUUUUUCGGAGUCAGUCACGGUAGGAAAAAGAAUUUGGGUAAUGGUAGAUAGGUAAUGAUCCAUUGCAAUGGAAAAUGAAGGGGAAAGGUAGAGUAAAAAUAUACAUUGCGCUUUGACCGUCUGUCAGAGGACGUACGUGGCGCCAAAAGGUACUUCAAAUUUGAUAUUCAAGCAUGUCAGGGUGUUUUUGCUU